AUGGCGGCAGCCGUGCCCCUGGCCGCGCCGCCGGCGUUCGCGGCGCCGGGGAGCCCGUACGAGGCGCUGCGGGUGGGGCGCGCCGCCACGCAGGUGGAGAUCAAGGCCGCGUACCGCACCAUGGCCAAGCGCCUCCACCCGGACGCCUCCCGCGCGUCCGGGGCGGCGGCGGCGUUCCUGGAGAUCCGCCGCGCCUACGAGACGCUGUCGGACCCGGACGCCCGGGCGCGCUACGACCGCUCGCUCGGGCCGUCCCACCACCGGCCGGGCCAGGGCGUCGGCGGCGUGCGGGUGCGGCGGUGGGAGACGGACCAGUGCUGGUAG